AUGUCUUCUCUGAAGCAAUUCAUCCGCAAUGUUCGAUCGGCCAAAACCAUCGCCGACGAGCGGGCGGUCAUUCAGAAGGAGAGCGCUGCAAUUCGAGCCUCGUUUCGUGAAGAAAGCCAUGACUCGGGCGUCCGGAGGAACAAUGUGGCCAAGCUUCUCUACCUCUUCACCCUCGGCGAACGAACUCAUUUUGGUCAGAUCGAAUGCUUGAAACUUCUUGCGUCUCAUCGGUUUGCCGACAAACGAUUGGGGUAUCUGGGGACAAUGCUUCUGCUCGACGAGAAUCAGGAGGUGCUGACCCUGGUCACCAAUUCCUUACAAAAUGACUUGAGCCAUUCCAAUCAGUACAUCGUCGGUCUCGCCCUAUGUGCGCUCGGCAACAUCGCCUCGGUAGAGAUGUCGCGAGACUUGUUCACCGAAGUGGAGAACCUCAUGUCCACGGCGAACCCCUACAUCCGCCGAAAAGCCGCGAUCUGUGCUAUGCGCAUCUGUCGGAAAGUCCCAGAUCUACAUGAACAUUUCCUGGAAAAGGCCAAAACACUGCUCGGAGAUCGCAACCACGGAGUCCUGCUGUGCGGCCUCACUUUCGCAAUUGACCUUUGUGAGGCGGAGGAAGAUGAGGAAGGCCCAGAGGGUGUCAUUGAGACGUUCAGACCGCUUGCCGGUGGUCUCGUGCGAGCCCUCAAGGGUCUGACCACGUCCGGAUAUGCACCGGAGCACGAUGUAUCGGGUAUCACGGAUCCAUUCCUUCAGGUCAAGAUUCUUCGGUUCUUGCGUGUUCUCGGACGAGGUGAUGCCGCGACCAGUGAAUUGAUCAACGACAUCCUGGCGCAGGUGGCCACCAACACAGAUUCCUCAAAGAAUGUGGGCAAUGCCAUCUUGUACGAGGCUGUGCUCACGAUUCUGGACAUCGAGGCGGACUCCGGAUUGAGGGUGUUGGGUGUGAACAUUCUAGGCAAAUUCUUGUCGAACAAGGACAACAACAUCCGUUACGUCGCUUUGAACACCCUCAACAAAGUCGUCGCCAUUGAACCCAACGCGGUUCAAAGACACCGCAACACAAUUUUGGAAUGCUUGCGGGAUCCCGACAUCAGUAUUCGUCGCCGAGCUUUGGAUCUCAGCUUCAUGUUGAUUAACGAAAGCAAUGUGCGCGUGCUUGUUCGGGAGCUGCUUGCUUUCCUUGAAGUGGCCGACAAUGAGUUCAAGCCGGUCAUGACCACGCAAAUUGGCAUCGCUGCUGAUCGUUUCGCCCCAAAUAAACGCUGGCAUUUGGACACCAUCCUUCGAGUUCUCAAGCUGGCCGGGAACUACGUUAAGGAGCAGAUUCUCUCAUCCUUCGUUCGUUUGAUUGCUACCACCCCCGAGUUACAAACCUACGCUGUCCAAAAACUCUACGCCUCCCUGAAGGAGGACAUUUCCCAGGAAGGCCUGACAAUAGCUGCCACUUGGACUAUUGGAGAGUAUGCCGACAAUUUGCUUCAAGGCGGUCAAUAUGAAGAAGAAGAGCUGGUGAAGGAAGUUCGCGAGAGUGAUAUUGUCGAUUUGCUCACCAACAUUCUGAACAGCACAUAUGCCAACCAGGUUGUAGUGGAGUAUAUCAUCACCGCUACCAUGAAACUCACGACGCGCCUCUCAGAUCCAGCUCAAAUUGAGCGUCUGCGACGACUUCUGACCAGCCGCACUGCCGAUCUGAGUGUUGAGAUUCAACAGCGCGCUGUUGAGUACAGCAAUCUUUUUGGAUUUGAUCAGAUCCGUCGCGGUGUUCUCGAACGCAUGCCUGCGCCCGAGAUCCGUGAAGAGCAGCGUGUGUUGGGUGCACCCGCCAAGAAACGCCAAAGCAAGAUUCUACGCGGAAAGUCUACCAAGCUGUCAAAGCCUGCCGAUCACGACUUGCUCCUAGAUCUCAUGGGUGGUUCUGACGCGCCUGUCACGAGCCCGACAUCAAACGGGUCCAAUACCGCUGAUCUGCUGGCAGAUAUUCUUGGCGGAGGAGACUCGAGCGCAGUGUCACCGGGACCCGCUCCCAGUGUUCAGGCCACGAGCAACAGUGCGAUCAUGGACUUGUUUGGCUCAAGUGCCGCCUCGCCAUCUCCGCAGCCGACUCAGCAAGUUGGCUCCGCGUCAUUGGAUCUGCUCGGAGGUGGUGGCAUGGGUUCGACUGCGCCGCCCUCCAGCGCCACGCCUGCUCCCCAAUCUAGCAGCACGCCUGCGCACAGCGUCUUCAGCAAGGAUGGUCUUGUACUCACGUUACAAGUACAGCGCAGUGGCACCAACGCUCAGCUACUAGCCCGUUUCCGCAACGAUUCCAAUUUCGAGACUUUCACCAAUGUUGGUCUACAAGCCGCCGUACCGAAGAGCCAGCGUUUGCAGCUGAGCGCCAUCAACAAGCCUGACCUUCAAUCCGGCGAGGAAGGCACUCAGACUCUUCGCAUCGCUGCUCUCAAUGGGACCCUUCCACCCAAGCUUCGUCUCCGUCUUCGCGUAUCAUCCACUCGUGAUGGUAACGCAGUCACAGAUCAAGUCGACUGGUCCGAGCCCUGA